AUGGUGGAAUAUUUCGAAAAAUUGCAGAAUCUACUUACAAGCUAUGACGAUAGACCUAAAACGCCUAUAACAGAACAAACACUAGAUGAGUCGGCGCAGAUCAUUCGUGGACAUCGUAGAGGAAAACCCGUAUGGAUUUAUGUUCUUGUGCCUGUUAGCAAACUUAAUGAUUUAAAAAUUAAAUCUUCAAGUGCACAUAUCAAUCUGUCAGAACUAAGUCGCUCAAUUAAAUAUCUUGAUAAUGGAGGCAAAAUUAAACGAAUGCGUGGAAAAGGUUUUAAUGCACCCAAAAUGCUUCGAACGUGGGUUGAAGAAAAUUAUGAUUCAGCAUCUAUUGAUGAGAACAUCAGCUUGGUUUAUGAGAAAGAUGAUAUUCGCUUAUGUACUAUGCAGAAUGCAAUUUCAAAGGAAAGAUUAGGCUUUUCUCAACGCUAUCAUCGAAAAGAACGUUUUCAUUAUAUCAAGUUUCUUAGUGAUUGUGAAUCAAGCCUUGCCUAUCGAGCAGGUAUUAAAAACUUUGAUCGAAUCAUUGAAAUAAAUGGUGUUAAUAUUGAAAAAAACACACCAUAUGAAUUACGAAAGCUUGUCAAAACCGUUCGACAUCUUCCAUUUCAAAUACUUGUCUGUAGUUCAGCUACAUUCAUUCAUUACAGAUCUAAUGGAAAACUUUUGCAUAGUGAUCUUCCAACGGUCCAACAUUUGAAACCUGUAUUUGCUACACCAAAUUCAACUCAAGAUCAUAAUGCUGAUUUUGUUGAUAACAAGUUUAGACCUACAUUAGAUGGAAAAAUGAAAUUAUCCUUACAAAAUUCAUCUCAGAAGCUGGAAACAGACACAAUGACACCAGAAAUUACUAUUCAGGAUUCAAAUAAUGAUAUCAAAGUUAGACAGAAUGCAAAUAAUGUCGAACUUAUUCAAGACCGAUCUCGAUUCGUUCUACCAAGGCAAUUAGUUCGUGAUGUAUUCUCCAAUAAAUUUCCAUCUCUUCAUCAUGUUAAUCUAGGUCGUAUCCAUAACUCUACUUGUAGUUCAUGGGCUACGUCACCGUCUCUUCAGUCUGUGUCAAUCCUUUAUAGUACAGCAACAUCUACUCUAGCUAUUCUUGCUUCAUGUCCCAAUCUUCAUCAUUUUCAAGUUUAUACUUUCUACACCAAUACUAAAAUAUUUACAACGUCUGCACCACUAAAUCAUCCACUGCGACGACUGACUCUUUGGAGUAAUUAUACCGAACUAACUUUUAAUGAUAUUGACAAUCUUCUUCUUCAUACACCCAAUAUUGAAUAUUUGUAUGUACAAACAGUAUAUCGUACAUCAUUUAUUCAUUUAGCAGAUGGUUUGAUCAACCGACUUCAUUAUUUGUCUCGAUUUGAUUGUUACAUCAGAGAAAUGUUGACCACUGAUGAUCGAAUUGGUGAUUUAAAUAGUGUACAUCGGAUGCAUCCCUGUUUUUAUCGAAUUCAUUGUAUAAAACAAAAUGACAGAUAUAGAAUAUUUGCCACUAAUCACUAG